AUGAUUCAUCUUAGCAUUGUAAUUCCGGCAACGUACUGUCUCUACAGCACAGCAGAAUGUCAGAGAAACGCUGAAACCACGAAGUGUUUGUACAAAUUGGCUGACAAUGCCGUCGUACAAUAUAAGGAUGUUGUUGGUGGCCUACCGUGUCCUGCUGCCUUGAUAACGGUACUCAUAGGCGUCAGUGGUCACGCCUAUUAUCGCCGAAAAAUACGAUGA